CCCCCUGACCAUGGGUGCCCAGCUGGAGUUCUGCACCGAGGUGAUCAAGGCCCUGAAGAAUGGCGGUGCCCAUCUGGACUUCCGAACCCGCGAGGGGAUGACGGCUCUGCACAAGGCCGUCCGAUGCCGGAACCACACAGCCCUGCGGACGCUGCUAGACCUGGGUGCCUCUACGGAUUACAAGGACAGCCGUGGAUUAACCCCUCUGUACCACAGUGCCAUGGUAGGGGGAGACCCCUACUGCUGUGAGUUACUCUUGCACGACUACGCCAAGGUGGGUUGCAUCGAUGAAAACGGCUGGCAAGAAAUCCACCAGGCCUGCCGCUACGGACACGUUCAGCAUCUGGAGCACCUCCUUUUCUAUGGGGCUGACAUGACUGCACAGAAUGCCUCUGGAAACACUGCCCUUCACGUCUGCGCACUCUACAACCAGGAGAGCUGCGCCCGGGUUCUCCUCUUCCGGGGAGCCAGCAAGGAGAUCCGGAACUACAACAGCCAGACGGCAUUUCAGGUGGCCAUCAUUGCGGGGAACUUUGAGCUGGCCGAAAUCAUCAAAACCCACAAGGAGUCCGACGUUGUGCCUUUCAGAGAAACCCCGAGCUACACGAAGAGGCGACGGAUCGUCGGGGCGGGCGGCCUCUCCUCCCCGCGCCUGCUGCAGCGGUCUGCCAGCGACAACAACUUGAAGUCCGAGAGCCGCCCGUCCUACCCCCCGGUGCCCUCGCUCCGCGGCCU